AUGCCUCUGACCGACUUGACCAACCGAAACUACCCAACAAAAUCCUCCUCUCUGUCCACUUGGGAGGAAUGCGAUGAUGUUUUGCAGCGGCAAAGAAGGAGUACGAAUACUUUUAAUGUCAAAGUCCCUGCAAAACAACACCCAUCGGGAAAACGCACGAAUGCGAAGAACACGGGAGGGAGGACGACGGUAAAGUUGACGGACGUGUUCCCAUCAAAAACAGCAUCAGUCGCAGAGAAAGAAGAAGAGGAGGAUUUCUUCGCGAGCAGCGGUAAAGAUGAAGCAGUUAUCAUCGUCGCUACAAAAGAAGUAGUAACUAAUGUGUUCGUCCCCCUCUUCCUCUCUCUUGAAAAAAAUGUCAAAACCACCACAGCGAACGCUCAACCAGCAAAUACCACGCUCAAAUCGGCGAAACAUUUGAGUCCUCCGAAGAAGACAACAACAAAAGCGAACACGAACGACGAUUCGGACGACGAUUGGGAGAGUUGGGGGUGUUCGUCGGAGGACUCAAAUGUUGCCGCGGAAGCGAGGAGGAGGAGCGAACAACACACGAAGAAGACGAGCGAACGCGCUUCCGUCCCGCUUGCGAGUAAAAAAUUCCAGUGCGUGCCGACGCCAAUGGAACAGAUUGCGUUGGGUUCCAGUAACAGUAGUAAGCAGCAACAAGCACCGAGGACGCCGUCGUCGAAUAGAGCGCGAGGCGGGUUCGGGAGUAACAACAACAAUAAGAAAAAUUUCACCAGAUUAUACCGAACGUCCUCGCCCGAGCGCAAGGCGGCUUCGCCAACCGCGCAAGUGAUUCAAUCUAUCGAUGAAGCCGUGGACAGCGUUUUGACGAAAUCGUACACCGGUUUAGUCGGAGCGGUGAGCUCCUUCGCGUCCACGUUAGAUGCAGCGGUCGAAACGACGGCGUUGAAAUUGGACCACUUUGCCUCGCAAAAGAUGUCGCCGCCGGGCGGGCGUCCGCGGAAGAGCCGAACGACGGAAGACGAAGACCCGAUGAGCUCGCCGAACGUGAUCAAAAUGCGAUGCAGAGAGUCGUUAGGCAGCACAAACAGCAGCAAUAGAACUAGUACCAGCAGUAGCAACAACAACAAAGACAACGGAGGAGGAGGAGGAGCGGAGGAGACGAAAGCCUCCUCCUCUUCGUCUUCUUGGGAGAACUGGGACGAAGUUGACGACAACAACAAAGAAAACGUCGACCCAAACUUUCCUCAAACCCCUCGCAGGCUCUCCAAACACCUCCUCCAACAAAACAAACAUCUCCAACGCUGCAACGCGUCUUUAACCGCCCAAGUGGACGUGGUCGCUCAAAACUUGCGAGAAGAAACCGCGCACCGAAAAUUGCUCCAACGCGACAUCGACUUGCUCAAAAAACAAAACCUCGGCCUCCAAAAACGCCAACAGAGCAAACACAACAAAGAGGAAGAGGACAAGUUGAUGGAACAAGUCCGAGUCCAGUUACAACAGUUGAUCAAAGAGAAGAGUGAAUUGACCGCGCAGAACGAACGACUGGUCAGGGAGAACGAGCAACUGCACGGAUUUUUGUCCCACAUGAGUUCCGCCUCGGACGACGACGACUAG